CGCGGAGCUCAGAGGCUGCAGGGAGAGGAGGACCGUCUGUUCCUGCUGCUGCUGCUGCUGCUGGAGGAGGACGAGCUGGGAUCUUUAACUCAGGGACGGCGCUAUUACAAAUGUUCGUUAAUUAAUCCCAAAUCGAUCGAUGUGAUCGGAUCGACUCUGCGCGGAAUAUUGAUGCGAACAGUUUGACGCCCCCAACAUUCGCCGUGACUCUGGAAAUCCGAUCUGAGUUUGGACGGACCGAACCCCCGAUGGUCGACAUGUUUGUGAGAGCGAGGGCCGUCGUGCUGCUGUUGUGCCUCCUGGUGGCGGCGGAGGCCGGGGCCUCGAGGUCGGCCCGCGACUCCCAGAGCGUCCCCGACCCCCUGGAGCCCUCGGAGGGCAACUCGUCCGUCCGGCUCCCGGCGCCGCAGCCGGACCGUCCGCGGACGCCGUUCCCGCCCAUGUGCGUCAAGCCGACGGAGAUCAGACACGCCUUCAAGUACGUGAACACCAUCAUUUCCUGCCUGAUCUUCGUGGUGGGGAUCAUCGGCAACUCGACGCUGCUCAGGAUCAUCUACAGGAACAAAUGCAUGAGGAACGGACCCAACGUGCUGAUUGGCAGCCUGGCACUCGGAGACCUGCUGUACAUCAUCAUCGCCAUCCCCAUCAACGUGUACAAGCUAAUAGCCGAGGACUGGCCGUUCGGCGUGCACGUCUGUAAGCUGAUCCCGUUCAUCCAGAAAGCCUCGGUGGGAAUCACCGUCCUCAGCCUGUGCGCCCUCAGCAUUGACCGCUACUACGCCGUGAUAUCGUGGAGCCGGGUGAAGGGCAUGGGGAUCCCCCUGUGGAAGGCCAUGGAGGUGACCGUGAUCUGGAUGGUCGCCGUGGUGCUGGCCGUCCCCGAGGCGGUGGCGUUCGACAUGAUAGAGAUGUCGUACAGGGGCAACAAGCUGCGCACUUGCCUGCUGCACCCGGAGCAGGCCACCAGCUUCAUGAAGCUGUACAAGGAAGUUAAAGACUUUUGGUUGUUCGGCUUCUACUUCUGCCUCCCGCUGGCCUGCACGGGGAUCUUCUACACGCUCAUGUCCUGCGAGAUGCUCAGUCGCAAGAAAGGCAUGCGGAUCGCGCUCAACGACCACAUGAAACAGCGGAGGGAAGUGGCGAAGACGGUGUUCUGCCUCGUGCUGAUCUUUGCUUUCUGCUGGCUGCCGCUCCACCUCAGCCGCCUUCUGAAGAAAACCAUCUACGACGAAAAAGACCCCAACCGCUGCGAGCUGCUCAGCUUCCUUCUGGUGAUGGAUUACAUCGGGAUCAACAUGGCCUCUCUAAACUCCUGCAUUAACCCGAUUGCCCUCUACUUUGUCAGCCAGAAGUUUAAAAAUUGCUUCCAGUCCUGCCUGUGCUGCUGGUGCUACAGGACGUCUCCUCUGGACGACCGGUGCUCCGGAGGACGCUGGAAGGGAUCUUGCCAUGGCAACGGACUGGACCGCACCAGCUCCCGCUCCAGCCAGAAGUACACAAGCUCUUCAUAGACACGCACAAACACUCUCUCUCUCUCUCUCGCCGCUCUCCAACCGAACCGGACCGAUAUUCCCCAUCUGCUUUCCCACCUGGAGAAACAGCGCUGUCACUGCCAACACACACACACACACACACCAUCACUUUGGAGUCAGGAGUGGGAUGAGGAGGAGCCAGGUGGAAGGGCUUUUGUUUCGUUUUUCUUCUGCAGACUGAAAGACUCUGUGAUCAACCCAAAGCUGGAGAAUGAAACUACAGGAUUGUCACCUGUUCAAGCCGUUAUAACUCAGGCCACCAACCAAUGCUACGUGAAUGUGUUCGAGGAUACCAAGCCUCUCAGUGGACCAGGUUGAGUAGAGUUAGGUCAAACCACUUGUAAAUGUGUGUACUGGGUUAUUUACAUGUAGAAUACAGACUUUACCCUAUGUCUAGCUUGGGGUAUGAAUGAGCGCUGAUCAAUCAGCCUUACCGGUGACGCUGUAAUACCUCGUAGGGGAAACCGUGACGCAGAGUCAUUUGAGACUCAAAGGACCGGAGCCUUUGAGAGUCUCCGCACCUUCGAGGCACCGCCGAGACAUCAAAGACCAGAGCGCCGCCUUAUCUGGCGAAAGACGCGGUCCGCGCUCAAAUUCGCGGAAUCUCCCGGCAAGA